AUGGCGCGCCUACUAUCAGACCCGUGGUUUGAAAUCGCCGGACAGGCUCCUGCACCCAACAAGAACUACUAUCACUUUACUGUCACUAAGUCAGAAGUUAGAUGGAGAUGGUGGAAGAUUUCUCCAAGAGUUGUGGACAGGUUGACCAAGCCGGGAGAGCAGAAGGAGUCCCACUGUGACUUCUUGGAUGACACCUUGUUACAGUGUGAAGUCAGUAUGGUAUUUGGCCAAAAUAUCUUGAAGUACACCAAAGCUCUGUGCAAAGGCCAGUAUGAUUAUCUUGAGCGCCUGCCCGACUCCUUACUUCUACGGAUAAUAAACUAUCUGGAGCUUGAGGAUGUGGGUCAGCUUGAACGAACGUCACACAGGUUCAGGAAGCUUUGUGGGUCAGAAGAGUUUUGGGAGCAGGCGGUGCGCCAGAGCUUUAACACAGUUUCACCCGAGGUGUCAUCUUUGGCGUUUGACGUGGGCUGGCGCAGCAUUUUCUACAGCAACAAGCUUCAUCUGCAGAAGCUGCUCAGUCGCAGGAGGCUGAAGGCUGAGGAGCAGCAGGAAAGGCAGGUCUCUGACCCCGACACCAAGGCAGAAGAGAAUCUGCAAAUGAAAGCAGAAAUCAACCUUGUGCUGGCUUCUGAAGAGGAAUCUCUUUCUGGCACGUUCUGGCACCUACGCACGGGCAUUGGUUCUGCCGAUGGUUUUGAUCCUAACCCUGAUCCGGAUGCUGUCUACGAGUCCAUCGAGGUUGGGCCUGGGCCGUUCACGGCCCAGAGCGGCACACAGAGCAGCGCUAUGGGAGACUUCAAUACGGAGUCAGUUAAGACCAUGAGCUAAGCCUUUUAAUAAAUGAUGCUUCUCUAGUCUUCAAUUUCAUUCUGAUGGUUGGAUUUUUACGAUUUAAUGCACACAUUUUUGUUUUCCUGUUCUAAAAUUGGUUUUGUA